UUGAAAAUAUACCCAAAACCACUAAAAACCAGCUGACUGGAAAUUUUGCAGAUGCUGUUAUUUGGUCAAUGUGGUUAAAUGAACCCCCCAGAAACAUGUCUUUCUUCAUGAGUGUUUUGUCACAAGACUCGAGUGCUUCAGUUCUCUCUUAUCACUGCUAUAUAACAAUAUCUCUUCAGACAAAAGAUGGCUGAAAAUGUUUAUUUCAACUAUUUGUCAGACCCCAAACUGACAUCGGCGGAUAAAGAUGAGAGGCACUGUUAUGAACCAAUGCUGAGGAAAUUCUCUGUUCUCCUUUUCCUGUCUCUGUUGGCGAAUGGAGUGUUGGCAUACCUGUAUCACACCAAAAAUGCAAAUCAGUAUUGUGAACCAAGAAGAAACUGCUUAAAUUCAGGCUUGCCUUUAGAUUCUCAACCAAUAAUGAAAAUAAAUUCCAUGAUUAUUAAAAACCACAGUCUACCAAACUACUGUUCAGAUUUACAAGAGAAGUGGAUCAGAGCACAGGGCAGAUUCUAUGUUUUCUCCACUGAUGUUAUGGACUGGAACAGCAGCAGACAGCGCUGUCAGGAUCUGGGUGGAGACCUGGUCAUCAUCAACAAUAAAGACGAACAGGAAUUUCUUUCUAAAAGAGUAAAUGGUAUCAGUGACUAUCACUGGAUUGGCCUGACCGACAGCAAGACGGAGGGCAUGUGGCUUUGGGUGGACAACAACCCCUUAAACAAUAACCUCUCAUGGGAGUCUCCCCCAGAUGACUGGAAGAGUGAAAAUCCUUUGCAUGGUGAAGACUGUGUUAUCUUAAAGGGAGAAAAAUGGGGGGACGUUUCUUGUUUGAGGAAACAGAAGAGGAUCUGUGAGAUUCCAUGCUCUCCACCUCAGUGACAGAGAUCUAAAAGAAGUAAUUAGAUCACUUUUAUUGCUUGUAUUUAGAUUGUAUUUAGUUUUCUUUAAACUUUAAACCUGUUGUCAUUUCCAUCGAAUGUGUUGUGAGUUGUAAUAGGCUAUCAUUAGUGAUCAUGUAUCAUGCAUAUGUUAUAUUUGUAAAUGAAGCCAUACAUU